AUGAUCAUAUUGUUAUUGAUAAACCUAGUAGUAUUCCGGUUCAUCCAUCAGGAAGGUACGGAUGGAAAUAUGAAAGUGAAUUACCUUUUUGGGCUACAGACAAAUUUGUUGGAGAUAUGGAAUAUGUCUGA